ACUCCCCAAAAUUCCCGUUCCCAUUCACAGCCUUCCUAGAAAUAGGGAGGCAACAAAUCUUGGUACAAGUCACUUCAAAAAAAAAGAAUCUUCUGAGGAAACCCAAAUCCAUUUGGACAUCGCUUAUAUAAAAAAAGGGGUAUUAUUGAUUUCAUUGGUUGUCUUGAAUUUUAUCGAUCUGGGUUUGUUAUUGGUCACAGAUUAAUUUCUUGAUGUUCUUGGAUUUGGGAGGUUUGAUUGAUGCAAUUUCAUGUGGGCAAGAUAUAGACCAAUGGGGUUGUUUUGAUUGAAAGAAGUAUUUGAGUUUUGGAUCUUGUUAGCCUUUUUAUUUCAAUUAACUUUUGCAUCUGUUUGAUGAUACUUGUAAUUGGUGAAGAAAAAGAUAGGAGGCUUGUGAACAUACGGUGUUGUGUUCUCAGGCCAUUGUUUGAGCAAAAAGUUUUGCCUUUUUGUAUCCCAAGAGAUAGGUGGGACAAGCAGUUUUAUAAUCUACAGGGUGGAUAGUAUAAGUUGUUUUGAUUUUUAGGCUCUAAAAAAGAUUGUAACUUUGAAAAAUGGGUUCAUCUUCACAAGGGUCUACUUUGUCCAGAAACGUGGCAGGGCUUGUUGAUGGUUCUUCUUCUUCUUCUGCUCAUAGAGAGGUUUCAGUUUUUGAUGGUUUGCCUAUAUAUGUGAAGGAGCUUAUUGCUGGAGGAGCUGCUGGUGCAUUUGCUAAAACUGCUGUUGCUCCGUUGGAGCGUGUUAAAAUACUUUUACAGACAAGAACUGAAGGAUUUCAUUCCCUUGGAGUUUAUCAAUCUUUAAAGAAGCUUCUGAAGCAUGAAGGUGUUAUUGGAUUCUACAAAGGAAAUGGAGCAAGUGUUCUUCGAAUUGUACCAUAUGCUGCACUUCAUUACAUGACCUAUGAGCGGUAUCGAGGGUGGAUAUUGAAUAAUUACUCUGCCUUAGGAACAGGACCUGUCGUUGAUCUUUUAGCUGGCUCAGCAUCUGGAGGAACUGCAGUUUUAUGUACCUAUCCCCUUGAUUUGGCCCGUACCAAACUGGCUUAUCAGUUCAAGGACACAAGGGGAAAUUUGGGGAAUGGCAUUCGACCAACUCAUCCUCAAUAUAGUGGCAUUAAAAAUGUCCUAGAGUCUGUCUACAAGGAGGGAGGACUCCGUGGUCUUUAUCGAGGUGUAGGGCCCACCCUUAUUGGUAUUCUUCCUUACGCUGGAUUGAAGUUUUACGUUUACGAGGAGUUAAAGAGGCAUGUUCCUGAAGAGCAACAAACCUCGAUUUUGAUGCGUCUCUCUUGUGGAGCUAUAGCUGGUUUAUUGGGUCAGACAUUUACAUAUCCAUUGGACGUGGUUAGGAGGCAGAUGCAGGUAGAGCAUCUGCAACCUUCAAUGCAGGGGAGAGCCAGAUAUAAGAACACACUUGAUGGCCUUUCUUACAUUGUUCGUAAUCAAGGUUGGAGACAAUUAUUUGCAGGUCUCAGUGUUAACUAUAUGAAGAUUGUUCCCUCAGUGGCAAUUGGUUUCACAGCAUAUGACACAAUGAAGGCAUGCCUUCAUAUUCCUCCCCGGCAAAAAUCAAAAUCCAUAGCUGCUGCAUAAAUGCACCCCAAAUGGUGACAACAACUCACAUAAUUCUGCAUAAAAGAUUUGAUAGUCUUGAUUACCAACGCAAAACAAAAAAGGCGGCCGGUGCACAAAGUUCUAGCUAUGCGCUGGUCCAAAGAAUGGUCAGGCUAUUUGGUCUAUCGCACGCCGUCUUACCUACAGAAAAUUUACUUAAAGACAUCACUUUACUAGUCGUGUCUCUUUCUCCAUCUUCCUUCUAACCAGUGCAAUUUAAUUCCUGAUGUAAAAGUCUUAUACUCUGCACAGUUUAGUCCUAUUAUACAUUGACAUUGUUUGACAUAUUAUACUCCCAAUCAUUUGUGUUAUAUUUGAGCU